AUCACCGUAGCAACAGGAAACAAAACAUCGAUCAAAAAGUUCCAAAGUUGUUGACCGCCUCAGCAGCACCAAAACCUCAAACCCCUUUCCCUCUUUCCAUUCCUCCGAAUAGCACAAAAAAAAAAAGAAGUAAAAAGAGAAGCCAUGAGAGGAAGAGGCAGAGAGCUUCUUAGCCUCUCUUUUUCUCUAAAGCACAAACCUUUAGCAAAAUCAGCAUCACCAUCCUCUUCUUUCUUUCGAAGUAGCAUCACAUUCUCAACCUCUUCCUCCUCCGUAGCCCCUCCCAUCAAAGAACCAAAGACUUCAACUUCGUCAUCCAAGUCACAAAGGGACUCGCUGAUUUUCGAACGGUUCAAGCAAAGAAAACUCAAGGGGUCUCCAAAAGACUCAAAGGGUACCCCUCAAGUGUGUUCAACUUCAGUGCCAUUAAGUUUGAAUGCUGAUACUGAGAUGGUGGUUCAAAAGGGUGUGCAGAAUGAGAAUGACCCCACCAUGGUGGUUGGAGGUUUCAAGGAGUUGGGUGUGAGUGAGGAGCUUGUUGAGGUCAUGGAGGGGAUUGGUGAGUUUGAACCUAGUGAGAUACAGUGUGUGGCUAUUCCUGCUGUUUUGGAAGGGAAGAGUGUGCUGUUGAGUUCACCAUCUGAACCUGGCAGAACCUUGGCCUUCUUGUUGCCUCUUAUUCAGCUGCUAAGACGGGACAGAGAGUUGCCUGGUUCAAAUUCAAAGCAUCCACGAGCCAUCGUGCUUUGCGCUACAGAGGAGAAAGCUGCACAGUGCUUUAAUGCUGCAAAAUAUAUCAUCCACAAUGUAGAAUUGAAGUCUGUAAAGGAUCGUCCUUCCCCAGGUAAUGGGGAGUCACAUGCCUCAAUUGGCCUCAUGAUUGGAACUCCUUGUGAGAUUCUUGAAUACAUUGAAGAGGGGAGUGUUGUUCCUGCUGAAAUAAGAUACUUGGUGUUGGAUGAGGCAGAUUGCAUACUUGGUGGUGGCCUUGGUCCUGAUAUCCAUAAAAUUCUGAGACCAUUACAAGAUCAGGAAUCAAAAUCUUCUGUCAAAAGAUUACAAACUAUUUUGGUGAUUUCAGCAAUAGCUGAGGUUUUGGGUGAACAAUCCCCAAUUGUAAAGCAUCUUGAGUGCGAUCAUGCCGGAAAUAUUUCUGCAAUGUCUCUAGAAAUGGAACAAACAGAAGUCUUUCAUUUCACAGAGUCCCUUCACGCUCUUAGGAAAAAAGUGGCAGAGGCCAUGGAUUCCCUUUUGAAACAACAGUAGCAUUUUGGUCUACAAUUUCUCUGGCAUGUAACAAAAGAAAAGUCAAAAUAGGUUUUGUGCUCUUUCUUAUAGCAAGCGGCUGGUGAGUUGAUUCUCUUUGUAUAUUAUUAUCAUGAUCUUCCAACACUGAAGCACCAAAUACCUGGAUUUCUUUUUAUUAUUUGUGAGAAGAGUAAUGAUACACAAACACUUUGAGGUCUGUAUAAUAGAGGCCGCGAUAGCAAAAGAAACAAAAACAGCUAUCGCGACCAGUCCAACCUUGAUUCUAAAAUGCAACGCGAUAGAGGUCUGUGCCAUGCCUCACCUCCACUCUGCCUUGCCUUGCUCCUCCAUGAUAGUGGCCGCCCUGACCACCAUUGACAAUUAUGGUUUUGCAACAUGUUCAGUGAAGCACGAUUAGUUUUUCCAA